AUGCGGGAAUUGAGUUUCCAUUCUAGUUUGAAGAAAAAUCUGCUACAUCUUCAUUUCCCAACCCUCGCCAAACUCCUAGGUAGAUUAGCAGAACCACGUCCAACCCCCCUUACCGAUGCUUACGUCCAAAGCACCGCUCAGCAAACCGAUGCUGGGGAGCACACACUUUUACAUACUCUCCAAACCGCAUCAGAGAAUCUAGGAGAAGAUGUGAUAGUUGCAGAAUGUCUAGAUCAUCUAGCAGCAGGCAUAGACACCACAGGCGACGCGCUCUGUUUUCUUCUUUAUCAACUCUCACUCCCCGAGAACUCUGCCAUUCAGGAUAAACUGGCGGACGAAGUUCACAAUAAUAGAGAGCAGAACUUUGAAGAUUUACCUUAUCUUGAUGCUGUCAUCAUGGAAAGUCUCCGUUUGUAUCCGCCGAUCCCAAUGUCUCAGCCUAGAAUCGUGCCGAAAGGCGGGAGAGUGGUUGAUGGGUGGUUUGUGGCAGAGGGUAUGGUUGUUGGGGCGCAGGCUUGGAGUGUGCAUCGUCUUAAUGGUGUGUUCAGCGAUAGCGAAAAGUUUCAGCCGGAGCGGUGGCUGGAUACUGAAAGCAGGAGGGAAAUGGAAAAGUUUGGCGAUGGCGGAGAUGAAGAUACUGGUCAGGGCGGUGUAUGA